UCCCUUCCUCCCUCCCUUCCUCCCGGCGGCCGCGGCGGCGCUGGGGAAGCGGCGAAGAGGAGUGGCCCUGCCCUGUAAGAAUGCGGCUCUGCCGAGGGGGCAGAACCCGACGCAGUCUCCCCACGGUUUGAACAGCCCGAGCCCAGGCUACCCAGCCGCGCCGGUGGCGGACUCCGCACCAGAGCAGCUGGAGGCCCUGAUCGAUCUGCCCACCGGGGCCUUCGGGCCCGGGAUUCGACAUGCGGGAGGAGCCGCGGCCGCGGCCUCCGCCCUCGGGCCUCGCGGGUCUCCUGUUCCUGGUUUUGUGCAGUCGGGCCCUAAGCAAUGAGAUUCUGGGUCUGAAGCUGCCCGGCGAGCCGCCGCUGACCGCCAACACCGUAUGCUUGACGCUGUCGGGCCUGAGCAAGCGGCAGUUAGGCCUGUGCCUGCGCAGCCCCGACGUGACGGCGUCCGCGCUUCAGGGCCUGCACAUCGCGGUCCACGAGUGUCAGCACCAGCUGCGUGACCAGCGCUGGAACUGCUCGGCGCUCGAGGGCGGCGGCCGCCUGCCGCACCACAGCGCCAUCCUCAAGCGCGGUUUCCGAGAGAGCGCUUUUUCCUUCUCCAUGCUGGCUGCUGGGGUCAUGCAUGCGGUAGCCACGGCCUGCAGCCUGGGCAAGCUGGUGAGCUGCAGCUGCGGCUGGAAGGGCAGUGGCGAGCAGGAUCGGCUGAGGGCCAAACUGCUGCAGCUGCAGGCACUGUCCCGGGGCAAGAGUUUUCCCCACUCCCUGCCCAGCCCGGGCCCUAGCUCAGGCCCCAGCCCUGGCCCCCAGGACACAUGGGAAUGGGGUGGCUGUAACCAUGACAUGGACUUUGGAGAGAAGUUCUCUCGGGAUUUCUUGGAUUCCAGGGAAGCUCCCCGGGACAUCCAGGCACGAAUGCGAAUCCACAACAACAGGGUGGGGCGUCAGGUGGUAAUUGAAAACCUGAAGCGGAAAUGCAAGUGCCAUGGCACAUCAGGCAGCUGCCAGUUCAAGACGUGCUGGAGGUCAGCCCCAGAGUUCCGGGUGGUAGGGGCGGCCUUGAGGGAGCGGCUGGGCCGGGCCAUCUUCAUUGAUACUCACAACCGCAACUCUGGAGCCUUCCAACCCCGCCUUCGUCCCCGUCGCCUCUCAGGAGAACUGGUCUACUUUGAGAAGUCUCCUGACUUCUGUGAGCGAGACCCCACCAUGGGCUCCCCAGGCACGCGGGGCCGGGCCUGCAACAAGACCAGCCGCCUGCUGGAUGGCUGUGGCAGCCUGUGCUGUGGCCGCGGCCACAACGUGCUCCGGCAGACACGAGUUGAGCGCUGUCAUUGCCGCUUCCACUGGUGCUGCUACGUGCUAUGUGAUGAGUGCAAGGUCACAGAAUGGGUCAACGUAUCCCAGUAUCAUUGAAAAUAAACAAUUA